ACAAAAACAUUCUGCAUCGCUCUCUGUCUACAAUUAGCUCUCUCUCCCUCUCACGCAAGUACACAACAAAUAAUCACACAUACUAGACACAUUCCAGCGGCAAUCAAGCUUCAGUUCAUGGCGCCCACCUGAAAAUUGCUCACCAGUGAAAUUUGGUAUCGCGCUUCAAAGUUGAUUUGGUGAAGAAUUAGGGUUUGAAUCGAUGACGAAUCGGGUGUGAAUUGCUUGUUGCUGAAUUGAAUUCUGUUUCUCUCCCUCCUGAAUUGUGUCUGUCUUGUUUUCUAAAAUUUCGUUGGGGACAUGAGAAUUGAUGGGUCUAGUAUAGUGGUAGUGGUGGAGGGGAGCGAGGCGUGUGAUGGUGAAGGUGGGUUUACUGGGUUGGCUUGUGAGUGCAGGUGGAGGUGGAGUAGUAGAUGAAUGGGGUAUGGGCCAUGGAAGGGUUGAUGAAAGAGGUGGCAGCCAUGAGGAGAGUCGCAGUGGCAGUUAGUGUUAGGGUUAGGGUGGAAUGGAAGCUCAGAUGGGAGAAGGAAUGGCAUCGCCGGAAUUGGGGAAUUACCGGCAGUGUGGGAAGCGGGAGCGCAGCGAGUUAUGAAAAGAAUACAAAAUAUGAAUCGUGGGAAUCAGUGACCUCCUGGAGAUAA